UGAAAAAAAAAAACCACAAAGAGCAAAAUUUGGAAGGAGUUACAUAUUUGUUAUUCAAAUUGUUGCAUUACGAAAAGACAUUUGGAGGUUAGGUUUUAGUUGUUGACAGCUGUUUCCCGCCGUUGACAUCAGCUGCUUGGAAAAUGCCCGAAAUGUCGAUAGAAAGAAAAUGCACCACUUAUCGCAAUCUGUCCGAUCGAUUUCAAAAGCAAAGCAAGGACUUUAAUAAACAAUAUUGUAAUAUUUACAAUGUUCGCCUUCAAAAAAUGCAAGUUCUUUUAAAAUCACCAAUAUUGAACAAAUGGGGCGAAACUUACCCUGUGUGCGAACUGCACAAGGUGUCAGAAAGUGAAUAUCCGAAAUGUGUUGUGAUUGGCACGCUGUUUAAGGAUCAGAAGCUGAAACCUUCAGUUUUGAAGCAAUUGGCCGAAGCGAAUAGUUUAGUACCUCAACCCAUUUACACUCACUUCACUGACGAAUCCGACUGUUUGUUUCUCGAGGACAAUUUGCAACGGUACCAAAUUUAUGGCUGUUUACAAAAAGACGAAUUGGUUACCGGAAUCUCAAUGGCUUUGCUCGGUUCCGAUAUGGGAAAUGGCAAAUUUAACGUUGAGGAUUACUGCUUUGCUGGGUUUCCAACGCAAAUCGAAAGGCCGAUACUAGAAGAAGAUUUAUUUGUAGUUUUUAUAAGUGGAUUAGAUCUGGUCCAUAUUGAAAAAACCUCACUCAUGCUACGGCUAUUUGUCAACUGGAUCACAGGCCUCAUUCCGGAUGUCGGAGAUGUAUCCACCAAGGUCGUCCGAUUAGUUAUUGCUGGCAACAGUACCCGUACGGUUCAUGAAAAAAUUAAACCGACGAUUGCUCUUACAUCCCGAAGGACAGAAAUGCCCGAAGUGAUCGAGUCUGUCAAGUUGCUGGACAGCCUGCUGUUAGAAUUAGUGCAGGUUGUCGACGUGGAUCUGAUGCCGGGGGAGCACGAUCCUUCAAAUCACAUUAUGCCACAGCAGCCUAUGCAUCACUGCAUGUUUCCCAAAUCGAUCAUAUUUAAGUCUCUUAAUCAAGUGUCCAAUCCGUACGAAUGUGAAGUCGGUGGUGUACAGAUUUUUGGCAAUUCGGGUCAGCCUGUUACGAACGUUUUGGGUUUUUGCAAUAUACCCACGCCUGUAGACGUUCUGGAAUAUUUUUUAAAAUGGAGUCACACAGCGCCUACUGCCCCCGAUACGUUAGGCUGCUACCCAUUUUACGAAAUUGAUCCGUUUGUGAUCGAAAGUUGCCCACAUGUUAUGUUUGUGAGCAAUCAGAGCACAUUCGAUACAAAAGUUGUCACAGGUGAGGAUGGGCAAGUGGUCAGACUCAUUUCCGUUCCAGAGUUUGCAAGUACCUCCACAGUUGCUGUACUCAAUCUGAAAUCUUUAGAAUGUUAUCCAAUGUCAUUUACUGCUUAGAAUUUAUUAAAGUUAAGUUGUUAAACAUACAUUUUUAUUGCCAUUCUUGAGUAGAGUAUUUCGUCAAUAGAUUGUUCUUAAAAGUUUAAAUUUAAGUCUGAUGUGCCGG